CGCCUGCCCGCUUGGCGUUGCGAGCCGCUCGCGCGCGCACACCUUUCUCCCCGCGCCGCUCGAGGAGUAGGAGGUGCGGUCUGAUCGCGCCACGCGCCAGGAGGAGGAGGGCUGGAUAAGAAAACCUUUCGGCAUGAGCAACACUUUCCUCAACAUGGCGUCCAUAGGCGACUUCGACCCGCUCAACGCCGCUAUCCCGGCCACCAAAGUUGAGAUCACCGUGUCCUGCAGGAAGUUGAUAGAUCAGCCUACCAGCGUUCGCUCUCUGCCCAUCUGCGUGCUCUACACACAAGGCAUCGGAAACAAGGAGUGGAGAGAGUUCGGGCGGACAGAAGUGAUCGACAACACGCUGAACCCGGACUUCGUUCGCAAGUUCGUUCUGGACUACUUCUUCGAAGAGCGGCAGAAUCUGAGGCUUGAUCUGUACGAUGUCGACUCAAAUAGCGCAGACCUUUCCAAACACGACUUCCUGGGUCAGGCCUGCUGCACUCUGGGAGAGGUGGUGGGCUCGCUGGGCAGUCGCGUGGAGAAACCCCUGGGGGGGAUCCCAGGGAAGAAGUGUGGCACCGUCAUUGUAAAGGCAGAGGAACUGAGCAACUGCAGGGAGUCAGUUCUGAUGCAGUUCUGCGGGAACAAGCUGGACAAGAAGGAUUUUUUCGGCAAGUCUGAUCCGUUCCUGGUCUUCUAUCGGAGCAACGAAGAUGGAUCGUUCACCAUCUGCCACAAGACGGAGGUGGUGAAGAACACGCUGAACCCCGUGUGGCAGGCCUUCAAGAUCCCCGUCCGGGCGCUCUGCAACGGAGACCACGACAGGACCGUCAAGAUCGAGGUGUACGACUGGGACCGGGACGGCAGUCAUGACUUCAUCGGGGAAUUCAGCACCAGCUACAGAGAGCUCUCCCGGGGCCAGAGUCAGUUCAACGUCUAUGAGGUGGUGAACCCCAAGAAGAAAGGCAAGAAGAAGAAGUACCUCAACUCUGGAACUGUAACACUGCUGUCAUUCCUGGUGGAUAUCGAGGUCACCUUCUUGGACUACAUCAAAGGAGGGACCCAAAUUAACUUUACCGUCGCUAUCGAUUUCACUGCCUCGAAUGGUAACCCGGCCCAGCCCACCUCUCUGCACUACAUGAGCCCGUACCAGCUCAAUGCCUACGCCAUGGCCCUGAAGGCGGUGGGCGAGAUCAUCCAGGACUACGACAGCGACAAGAUGUUCCCCGCGCUGGGCUUCGGCGCCAAGCUGCCGCCCGACGGACGCGUCUCCCACGAGUUCGCCCUGAACGGGAACCCCCAGAACCCCUACUGCUCCGGGAUUGAGGGAGUGAUGGAGUCCUACUACCAGAGCCUCAAGUCGGUGCAGCUCUACGGGCCCACCAACUUCUCCCCCGUCAUCAACCACGUGGCCAGGUAUGCAGCGUCAGUAAAAGAUGGCUCCCAGUACUUCAUCCUCCUCAUCAUCACGGACGGUGUCAUUUCAGACAUGGCCCAGACCAAGGAGUCCAUCGUCAACGCUGCUGGUCUCCCCAUGUCCAUCAUCAUAGUGGGGGUGGGACCGGCAGAGUUUGACGCCAUGGUGGAGCUGGACGGAGACGAAGUGAGGAUAUCAUCCAGAGGAAGAUUUGCUGAGAGAGACAUCGUCCAGUUCGUGCCGUUCCGGGACUACGUCGACCGGACUGGGAACCACAUCCUGUCCAUGGCCCGUCUGGCCAAAGACGUGCUGGCCGAGAUCCCCGACCAGUUCCUGUCCUACAUGCGGACGCGGGGGGUCAAACCCUCACCCGCCCCGCCGCCCUACACUCCCCCAGCCCUGCCCGUGCACACCCAGAUCUGACCCCCUCCCCCCCCCGAGGAACCGGGCCACGUGGAUGCGGUUGCCGUAGUGACGAUGACCACAGUGGGGAGGGUCGAAAUAGGCAGACUCCAAAAUAAUGUACUUCCAUAUAUUCCUCCCCCCUCCCCCCCAUGCGCCAAUCUGGGGGACAACGUGUGUGUGUGUGUGUGUGUGUGUGUGUGUGUGUGUGUGUGUGUGUGUGUGUGUGUGUGUGUGUGUGUGUGUGUGUGUGUGUGUGUGUGUGUGUGUGUGUGUGUGUGUGUGUGUGUGGGGGGAUAAACCGGGGAGCGCGUGUUAACUUCCACCGUCGGUUGUUUCUGAGAGGAAAACUCCAGACUCAGCAUCGACAGUUCUGGACCCCCCACUUCCUCCCCAGUAACCACGGAAACCGUGGUUACUGUGGUGUCCGGAGCUUCUCCAGACAAAGAAUUUAAUCUUGUAAAUAACUGGACGAAUGGGAUCUCGCUCUCGCUCUCUCUCUCUCUCGCUCUCGCUCUCGCUCUCUCUCUCUCUCGCAUUCUCUCUCUCUCUCUCUCUCUCAGUGUUUACAGUACACAGUCAGGAGAGAUUUUAAAUUUUGCCACUGUCUACUUUUUAUA